AUGGGGAACCCCGUUUGUUGAUGAAUCAUAAUUCCCACCACCACUCACUAACACAAGACAACAUCAUUAGUACAACCCCUCUACCUGUCCGUUUCUUAUAUACCCUUCCUUCAUCAUCAAACUCAAACCCUAUACCUAUGCCAUUCCUCAUCUCUUUUUUUUUUUUUCCUUAUCAUUUCUUCAUUUCUCUCUCUAACUCUUCCAUCAAAAUCAUUGUUUCUCAAAUUAUCAAGUUUUGUUUAUAAACACGCGCUUAUACUAAUUUAUCUUUUCACAAUUAAUUAAUCUAGUGAGUGUUGCUCACCACCAAAUAACCUUAUGAUUAUUUCUUAUAACACUUGUCACCUUUUUACUAAAACCUUAUAAUAUUAUAAUUUUUCACCUUUUCAUUUUUUAAUUUUUUUUUUUUGGUUUUCAUGACUUCACUUCACUAGAGUUAUUAUUAUAUCUUCUCUCUCUCAUAUAUAUAACUCAUAUUCAUCACACUCAUAUAUACAUCACAUCUUGUUUGGUUAUAAUUCAAACAUGAUCAUGAAGAAAGUGAUCAAGUGAGUGUGGUGGUACUGGUGGGUAUUAAUGGUGGUGGUGAAUUUUAUGCAGCACCAGUAACUUGAUAUCAUGGAGUCCAUGGAGUCAUGUGUCCCACCAGGCUUUCGCUUCCAUCCAACUGAUGAAGAACUAGUUGGUUAUUAUCUCAGAAAGAAAAUCGCUUCUCAGAAAAUCGAUCUUGAUGUUAUCAGAGAGAUCGAUCUUUAUCGUAUCGAACCAUGGGAUCUUCAAGAGAGAUGCAGGAUUGGAUAUGAAGAACAAAAUGAAUGGUAUUUUUUCAGUCACAAAGAUAAAAAGUAUCCAACUGGAACAAGAACUAAUAGAGCUACCAUGGCUGGGUUUUGGAAAGCUACAGGAAGAGAUAAAGCAGUUUAUGACAAAAUGAAACUAAUUGGGAUGAGGAAGACUCUUGUUUUCUAUAAAGGAAGAGCACCUAAUGGACAAAAAUCUGAUUGGAUCAUGCAUGAGUAUAGACUUGAAUCUGAUGAAAAUGGACCUCCACAGGAAGAAGGAUGGGUUGUUUGUAGAGCAUUUAAGAAAAGAACAACAAAUAGCCAAAAUACAAAAAGAACAAUUGAAGGAUGGGACACAACAAGCUACUUCUAUGAAGAAGCUCCAUGUGGUAUCAUCAACAAUUCAAUGGUGGAUCCAAUUGAGUUAAUCUCAAGACAACCUCAAAGCUAUUUAUCUCAAACUUACAAUAUGUGUAAGCAAGAGAUAGAAGCAUGCAUGCAUGCAGAACAAUUUGUACAGCUUCCUCAACUUGAAAGUCCUUCAUUGCCAUUAUUAGUAAAGAGACCAAGCACGGUGUCUCUGGUAUCAUCCGAAAUUAAUAACGAUGACACCGAUGACCAAAACCGGUUAUUAUUAUUAUCCAACAAUAAUAAUACAACAACUACGAAUACGAAUACGAAUAAUGUGACUGAUUGGAGAGCUCUUGAUAAAUUUGUGGCUUCUCAACUAAGUCAUGAAGUUGAAACUGAUCAAGGAGUAUUGUUGUCGAGUUUUGGUGCAACAAAUAAUAAUCAUAGCUCGGAUAUGGCAUUGAUGUUACUGCAACAAAGUAGUAGGGAUGAAGGGAACAAGUUAAGUCCUUUUUUGAAUGGAAGUUCAGAUUGCAGUGAUAUUGGGAUAUGCAUAUUUGAAAAAUGAAGAAAAUAAUUACUACCAUUUUAUUUGUACUACUAUAUAUAUAUAAAUGUUUUCAUGGAUAUAUAUUAUAUAUGUUGAGAUGAGACAUAUUAUAUAAUUUUGUAAAAAUAUGUGUGGAAGAUUUAAAAUCUCUAUGCCCUAUAUGAAUGAGUGCAAAUUGAGAUGCAUGCGUCCAAAUUAAAUGGCUCUUGAAUCAAGAUAUAGAAUUUUAUUUUAA